CAAUAACACGGAAGUAGGCACCGCAACCACUACCGAGUCAACUUCAGUUGACUUCACACGUGGGAAGAGAGAAUUAAGAGUGGCGUAGGAAAACAUGUCGAAAAGCAAUGAUGUGAGCGACGCUUCUAAACCGGGGAACGUAGUGGAAGACGGCCAGGACCCACCGCCCAUGACCACGCGGACCCGAAGCGGCCGAGUGGUGCGUCGCCCCUACGCACUCCAAAGCUCUGAAACUCCGGUAAGGACUCCCAGCAGGAGGACCAGAAGGUCCGUCAUAACAGAACAGAACGAGCUGGAGGAACAGGCACCGAAGCCGGUUGAGGAGAAUCCUACUGUGAGUGUCGUCCAAGAAACGGUACAGGAGAAGCCCGCAGUGUGUGGUGAAUCGGAGACGGUGGAAAAGCCCGCCGUAGGUGUCGAACCGGAGCCUGAGCCUCGUACAGACGCUGCAGCAGAGGUUGACACAGUACCCACAACCGCUCCAGUAGAAAGAGCACCAGCGACCCCUCAGACGGAGUCGCAACCUCCUCAGACGGAGUCGCAACCUCCUCAGACGGAGUCGCGACCCCCAAAGACGGAGUCGCAACCCCCAAAGACGGAGUCGCAACCUCCUCAGACGGAGUCGCAACCUCCUCAGACGGAGUCGCAACCCCCAAAGACGAAGUCGCAACCCCCUAAAACGGAGUCGCAACCCCCUAAGAAGAAGCCUCGCCGGGGAACUAAUGUAAAAGAGACUGUAGUGAUUCCUCUGGGGAAGCCAAAAUCAGGACGAGUGUGGAAGAACCGCAACAAACAGAGGUUCUCGGCGUUAGUGCGAGAUGCGGCGCUGUGCACCUCCUGGGAGAAAAAGAUGCAGGCCAAGCGAGAGAAGCAACUGGUGCAGAAGUACUCGUCGCAACUAAAAGAGCAGAAAGCCCAAGCGAAAGAGGAAAAGCGGAAACGGCGAGAGGAGAACUUGAAGCGGCGCGAGGAAAACGAACGCAAAGCGGAGGUCGUGGAAGUGAUCCGAAACACGGCGAAGCUCAAGAGGAUGAGGAAGAAGCAGUUGAGGAAGAUCGAGAAGCGCGACACACUUGCACUGCUGGAAAAGUCCAACAACAACAAGAAGAACCAGAACCAGAAAAACAACAACAAAGCUAAGCGAGCAAAAAACAACAAAAGUGAAAAUCAGAUUUAAAGACUUCUUUGUCUCCGUUUUGUUUCUGCCCUGCAUUUUUUUUUGACCUAUGUACACAAGAUCUUUGAAGCUUUCUGUUUGACAGUGGGAAGCAAAACGUUGAAAAUAUUCUGCACUAAUAAUACAAUUGCUGCUGUACAGGUCCCUCAAGUUCGGUUUCGCCCAGUGAUUUUUGUACUUGCAGAUCUUUCUAUUAAAUGAAGUAUUCCCUGAA